AUGUCCGGCGUCACCGAAUUCAUCUUCUUCCACCUCAACCCCGCCAUCAAACCCGAAGACCCCACCAACAACGAAGCCGGCGCUUCGCUCUUAGAGCUCUUCAAAAACACCAAACACCAGAACGGAUACCUAGGGUCCUCUUGGGGCCGCUCAAUCGAAGAUGAGAAUGUGGUUGUUUGGGUGAUUGAUUGGAAAGACGCCCAAACAGCCCCCACACUCGUCCCCUCCCUAACACCCUACCUAGCCCCAUCCACCCCAUUAACAACCUUCUACGCAACCCUCUCCCCUCCCGCGCACAAAUCUCACGAUCUAUCCGCUUCGCCCGUAACCGAGAUCUUCACGCCUUGGUUCCCGACCUCCAUGUUCGCGGACGAGAAGAAGAAACUGCACGAGAGCCUCGUGGCGUUCCGGACCGAGCUCGUGGAGAAUCUCGAGGAAGGGAAACGGCCUCGAGGGUUGGUUAUGGGACAGGUGGAACGGCCUGGGACGCGGAAGCAUGGGGAUAGUCCGAGCGGGGAGGCGUUUGGGAUGGUGGUGUUGGCGGGGUGGGAGAGCGUGGAGGCGCAUAUGGAGAUCAAAGGGACGGAGGCGUUUGGAAGGGGGAUUAAGCCGAUUAGGGAGUGGAUGUUGAAGGGGGAUGGAGGGGAUGUGGAGAAGGGGGAGGGAGGGUUUGGGAUUAUGAGGCAUGUGAGAUUCCAGAAGGUGGAGUGA